AUGGACUACGCCAGUUACGACCCAAAGAAGGUUCGUCUCCAUGUUGUGGUGCUUAAAGCUUUCAUACUAGGGGCGGCAAUCACUGCAGCAUGCGUGGUUUUGGCUUUCAGCUCGUCUUUGCAGUCCUUUGUCGCCAGAGCAUCGAUCUAUGCCAUGGCCGUGAGUGGAUUCUACAUGCUAGAGUUUCUCACCACAGCCGUGUAUAACACGGGGUCCAUUGACGACGACUCGUUCAUCAUGAACGAUUUGGAGCUUCACGCUGUGCACGUGGCGUCAUUGGCGGAAUCAUACUUUUUGCAUAAACACUGGAAAUAUCACUACAUUUCAUUUUGGGCUGGGUUGGCGAUAAUGCUAGCAAGUCAGUUCUGCCGAACGUUGGCAAUGUACACAGCAGGCACAUCCUUCCACCACUAUGUCCAAAAGGAACGGUCCCAGAAACAUGUUCUUGUGGAGCACGGCAUAUACAGUUUUUCAAGACACCCGAGCUACUUUGGCUUCUUCUGGUGGUUUGUAGGGUGCCAGAUCUUGCUUCAGAAUGCUUUCACCUUGGUAGUGGGAACAUACAAGCUUCAAGGCUUCUUUCAGGCACGUAUAGAGUACGAAGAACAGUUUCUUGAGUCCUUCUUUGGUGAAAGGUACCGUGCCUACAGCCGACGUACACGUACAUGGAUACCCUUUAUAGAGUAA